AUGUCUACUCUCGCAGAUGAACUGCUGCAAGACUUCGAGGACUCGGGCUCUGAGGGCGAGGAGCAACAAAAUGAGGGCCUCUUCCCGAAUGAUGAUGGGCUGAACGCCAACAAAGCGACAGUAUCAAAGGCGAAUGAAGAAGGAAUGGAGCUAGAUGGAGAUGAGGAGGAUGUCGUAGAGGAUGAGGAAAUGGGAGGCGUCGACGACUCGGGGAUCGAUGUUGAAAGCGAAGAAGAGACGAAAGCUAAGGUCGAGAAGAUGAAACUGGGAGGCGUCGACGAUGUGAGAAGUGUCGCGAAGCUGAUGAAGACGUUGGAACCAGUCCUAGAGAAAAUCGCAUAUUAUCAAUCGUUACCACCCGAGAAGCAAACUACCUUUGUUGGCUCAGUGGAAGAUAACCCCGAGUACCACCUCCUGACGCAGUCGAAUACGCUUGCAACAUCGAUAGAUACGGAAAUAAUGAUCGUUCAUAAAUACAUACGCGAUCACUACUCGAUACGCUUUCCCGAACUCGAGACGCUGGUCACGAAUCCCAUAGACUAUGCCAAAGUGGUCACUAUCAUUGGAAAUGGACCUAUGGAUGGAGACAGUAUCAAGGCACUUCAAACAUCUAAAGACAACCGGUUAGGAGCUACACUACGAUCCGUCCUAGAUGGCCCUUCAGUGAUGAUUGUUACUGUUGAAGCAACCACCACCAAAGGCCGGGAUAUGUCAACAGAUGAGCUUGAGAGGGUGAUGCGUGCUUGCGAUAUGACUCUAGCACUAGACCGGGCAAAGAAGACUUUAACGGAUUAUGUACAAUCCCGGAUGAAUUUGUUCGCUCCUAAUUUGACGGCGCUCAUCGGAUCCCUUACGGCAGCGCAACUACUCAACUUCGCGGGAGGACUGACAGGCCUGGCAAAAACCCCGGCCUGCAACUUACCACCCUUAGGAUCGAAGAAGCAGUCUGGCACUGGGUUUGCCACCAAUGUGGGAGUUAGACAACAAGGUUUCUUGUAUCAUUCGCCCAUCAUCCGUGGUAUUCCAAACGACCUAAAGCGACAGGCCAUGCGCAUAGUUUCGGCCAAAGUUGUGCUUGCGGCUCGCGUGGACCGCGUCCACAGUAGUGCUGACGGCUCGACGGGAGAAGAGCUCAAAGCCUCAUGCCUAGAACGCCUGGAAAAAUUGACUGAACCUCCUCCAAACAAGGGUCAACGCGCACUCCCUGCUCCCGAUGAUAAACCAGCCCGGAAACGAGGUGGCCGACGAGCACGCAAAGCCAAGGAAGCAACGGCUAUGACGGAACUUCGCAAGGCGCAAAACAGGAUGGUAUUUGGCAAGGAGGAGAAAGAGGUUGGAUACGGCACCGGCGAAGGAACGAAAGGUCUCGGUAUGAUUGGACAAGCCAAUGAGGGCCGUAUCCGUAAUCUGCAAGUCGACCAGAGAACCAAAGCCAAACUCAGUGCGAAGAAUAAGGGCUGGGGUGGUGCUACGCCUAUCAGCGGCUCUGCGUCUACAUUGCGCGGCUUUGGCCAGGGUGCUGGGGCAGGCAUUGAUUUAAGGGGCAAGGGAUUACGAGCCUCUGGCGUGGGCACGACUGGCGCCGGUGCUGGAACGGCAUCAUCAGUAGCUUUCACGCCCGUCCAGGGCCUCGAGCUCGUCGAUCCUAAGAUGGUGACGGAGAUGAAUCGCAAACGGAAAGCUGAAGAGGACCGAUGGUUCAAAGGGGGAACCUUCACUCAAGUUGGUGGAGGAAGUACGAAUGGUUCCAUGGGACCGCCAUCUUUGCCACCGAGUAAGAGGGUUGAUACUGGGUCUGGGAAGAUGGCCCCUCCUCCUUUGCCGGCGAAGAAGUGA